AUGAGCUUUCAAGAUUCGGGUCGUCAAACUCCACCACGCAUAGAAAACAACCUUUUACCACCAUAUUUUUCCCCUCAACAUCAUCAAACUUCCGACAUUAAUACUGCCAGUUUACAGCCACCAGGACAUGGUGGCGAUUCAGGUAGUGAGGAUGAAAACAUGACACCUAAUGCCUCAAGCUCCCGAUUAGACAGCUUCUCUAGAUUGGAAAUGCCUCCAGGAACGCAAUUUUGGGGCAAUUUUUCUCCUACACCUGGAACUCGGACUCCGUUAAUGCUAGAAUGUUGUUGUGGUAGAGAGAAUUGUUCGAAUUUACAAGUGUUUAUCCGGAAUUCUCGUUCUAUGGAAGAGGAACUGCGACUAGCUGGUGAGGUCGGGCAAGCACUCUUGCAAAAACAUGAACAUUAUCAGAAAGAAAUGGAAGAAUUUCAACAAGCAUUAGAGCAUCAGUGCGCUCGUGCUGAACAAGAAGUUCAAGAGCUUCAAGAUCUGGUUCGUGAAUUGCAACAAGACCAUAAAAAUAUGCUUCGUGAGCGGGAAGAUUCGCAGAGAGACAAAAAUGAAUUAAUGGAAUUAGUGCGUAAUUUGGAGCAAACGCAACUUUCAUUAGAAGGUCAAAUCGAUGAUGUUCUACGACAAAAAAGCUUAGUUGAAAGGAAAAAUGAUUCACUUGCCGCUGCAUUUGAAGCAAAUGAUGUUAGAUUACGUGAACUUGUAAAAGAGCUGGAAAAACGUGAUGACGAAGUGAAACGUUUAACAGCCAAUAAUAUCAAAGGAGAACAUAGUGAAGAGAGGGAAGAAGAUCUACGGAGACAAAUGGAAGAUCUUAAACAGGAGCUUACGGUAGCUCGCAAAGCUGAAAGUGCUGCUGAAGCUCGAGUUCAUAAUCUUCAUAGUGCUCAUGAAAAACUGAAACGUGAGCAAAAUGAUGGUUUACGAUCUAAAGGAAAACUCGAGGCUGUAGCAAUGUUACGCGAGUCCAAUGAACGGCUAAGAGACGAAUUUAAAUCUUCGUCAAAUAAUGAAGCCAAUACUCAUCUAAUAACACUUAUUAAAGAAUUAUCAUCGGCCAAUAAUAAAUUAAAAUCAGAAAUUUUGGAAUAUCGCGAACUCUUAACUGAAUCACGUAAUGAAGUAAGCACAUUACAAAAUCGAAUCGAGGAGCUGGAAACUGCUAGUGCAACUGGUUACUCUCCCUAUCCAGCCAGUUACACAAGUACUACUUUCGCACCUCCUUUCAAUAACAAAGGUAUACCUGUUCAGGUGAUUGAUGAAGUAGAGAGUAAUGGUGAAGAAUCCCCAGUCACAGCAGUAUUUAUGGAAGAAGGUGGAGAUGGUGUUAGUGGUAAUAUCAUUGGAACACCUGCACGCCCAAUUCAUGCUCGUAUCUCACCAAGUGCUCUUUCUUCUUCAUUUGGUUGUGCAGCUUCAAUCAAUACCUUUAAUAGUAUGGGAGUGGAUCCUUCAGUUGCCUCUCCCGCUGGAUCAUUGGUUUCGACAUCACUGCUGUCUAGCUCAAAUCCUGUCUUUGGCGAAUUAGAAAAAUACCUAGUGAAAAAAACUAAACCACGAGGUGCCCGAAGACCCGGACGUGGAGCUCUUAAGAAAGGCAAAAAAAGAUUCGUUGAGAUUGGUGAAGAAGGAGAAGAAGAACUUACUAAUAACGAAAAUUCCGAAAGUAAAGAAGCUCAGGAAGAAAAUCCGCCUAUGAAAACUGCGAAGAUUAGCAAAAAAUCAGGAGAUUCGGAUGCAGAAUCGGAUGAUAUAACUUUCACCGAUGAAUCAGAAGAUGAAGAAAGAGUGACUGGGGAGGAGACGGAGGUAGCGGAAAAAGAAAAAGAUCAGAUUUCUCCAAACUCGACUAUAAAUUCUAAUGUGAAGACGACGAAAAAUAACGAAGAAACAACCGAUGACUCUAACAAGAAUAAUAUUUCAACUAUUUCAGCACAAGAACAAAAUUCAGACAAUCAAAAAAGAAAUAGUGUUUCAUUAUUAUCUGCCGGACUUAAAAAAGAUGUAGCAGCAAAUAAUGUUAACAACAACAACAAUACGGAUAAACAAAACGACAACAAUAAUAAUAAGCUAAAUAAUGACGAAAAAGACAAAUCAAACAAAACAUCAUCUACUCAAAAAGCAGACAAUAAUUCACAAAAUAAUGUCAACAAUAGCACACUCUUAUCGAAGCGAAAAUCAAUCCCAGCGAUUCCAGCUUUCAAAAAUCCUAAAUUUGCAACAUUGGGUCCCAAAGAACGUAAGCAAAUGAUGGAAGCUUGGCGAGCAGGAGUUGCUAAAGAACAAACCACGACCAAUUCUAAGAAAGGCAAGGAGAACAAUAAUAGCAUUGCUACGAAAACUAGUAAUAAUGACGAUGAUAAGCAUGAAAAAGGAGAAAGUGACACCGACACUAUAAAGGAAAAAACUCGAAUGAAUUUGUCAAGCUCCCCCAUUAAAGACUUUGUAGAAGAAGUACUUGUAGAUGAAGCUAAUUUAUCAGCUGCAGAAGCAGCAGCACUUGCAAAUGAAGUUGAACACGGAUUAUCAUCCCGCUCUCAUACAUCUACAGCAACUCGACUCAGUCAUUUGAUGGAUCGUCUUAAAGACACCGAUAUUUUGGCAUUGAACCGACGUCUAAAAAGACAAUUUGACAUGUUAGAAUUAUCAAGCUUAAGUAAUAAUUUAAUUGAGAAUAUUUUGACAGAUGUUGAAAAUCUAAGAGAACGAUUUAGAUGGGUGGAAGAUUUACGAGGAAACGAAAUUGAAAAAUCAUCAGAUGAGAAAGAUGAAAAUAUUGAUGAUUACUGUGAAUCUGAAAUUACUAAGAUUAGUGGAAGUAAAAAUCGGGAUAUCUUUAGAUUUUCACCCGAGGAAUUUCUACCGCUCACCCAUCUUAUGCAAGAUUUAUUAGCUGAAGUGGGUAACUUACGUAUGAUGGUUAAUGAAGUACAAGUUUCUUAUGUACAAAAAGUGGAAGAGAGUCGAAGGAAAGCUGAAGAAGAGUUUGGUAAAAGUUUAACGAGUGGUCGAAAAGAUUAUGAAAGUUUGGAACGAAAAGAUAAACGAAAAAAUAGGCAAAGUCAAGGCAAUGAAAGUGGAUUUGGAGCAUAUUUAAGUCGAGUAUUCGGAGGUGUUAAAGAGGUUCAAUCUCCACCAAAUUCUGCACGUCAUCAUACUCGGCGUAUGUCCGUAGAUUUUUCACAUGAUCGAGAUGUAUCAAUUGGAAGUAUUGAUACAUUUGCAGAAGAAUCAUAUUAUCCGGAUCGUAAUCUGGAAGCAUUUACUAGUGCUAGUGGUAGCCAUAGUGCGCCAAAUACUUUGAGAAUUAAAAACCGACGAGAAAGUAUGGAAUCAGUUGGAUCAAUCUUUAGAAGAGGCGUUGCUUCUUUUUUCGGGGGUGGAGGAACAACAACGGACAAUACCAUCGCCAAUGUUCCAGUAACAGUAUACGAAACCAAAGAAGAAGAAAUAGAGAAAACUGGGACUUAUAUGGAAAGAGAAAGUGGGAGAAGAAAAUUGGAGGACACUUUAACUCUUCUGGGUCGGAAUAAUAAUAGUGAAUAUCGACAGAAAAAACGUGCUAAUGAUUACGGUGAUAAUAACAAUCAUGUUAUUGGUGGUGGUGGUGGUAAUUCAGGGGCACCUAUGGUCAAAUUAACAUCAUCCUCAUCAAUCACUAAAAAAAAUUCAGAUGGAUCACCGAAAUCAACUUCAGUUUUAUUAUCUUCGCCGCCGCCUCCACCUAAAUUAACAACCACGCCCAGACAAAUAAGAACAUCUCCAAGUAAUAGUAAUUUAGAAAAUCGAUUGCGACAACAUUUAGCCACAGCUGCAGUUGUUUCACCCUCAUCAUCUUCAAAAAAUCCGAGUUCAACAGCAGCAGGAGUAAGUGGUGAUAGAAAGACUAUGGGGAAGACGAAAAAGAGCCGUUCCUCAAAUCCCUUAAUUUCCUCAUCCUCACCCUCUGAUGAUAGAAUCGACUUAACUCAAUUACUCACUAGCUCAGCUAAAGCACCAUCAGAUGAUGAUGUCUUGCAAUUACUUUCCGCCCGUUAUAAAGCUGACCUACCUUAUACUCGUAUUAAUGCUUCGACUUUGGUCGUCGUCAAUCCUCAUAAACCACUAGAGUGCAUGAACGAUGUCACUGCGAAGGAUUAUGCAGAACAAUGGUAUAAAGAUACCUCGGGCAAUAAGCCUUCGUUACAACCUCAUGUAUAUGAAUUAGCCGCAAGAGUUUAUUUACAUAUGCGAAGGUCGGCAGAGGAUCAAAGUGUAGUAUUCAGUGGUAUAUCAGGUUCUGGUAAAACUGCUACUCAAUCACACCUCUUGCAACAACUUUUACUUUUAUCUACUCACACGAAAAAAGAAUCAAAAAUUGCCUCGCUAAUCCAAAAUGCUCAAUUCAUCUUGGAAGCAUUUGGUAAUGCGCACACUAUACAAAAUCGAAAUGCAUCGAGAUUUGGCAAAUACCUGGAAUUACAAUUCAAUGAACGAGGUAGAAUUAUUGGUGCAAAAGCUUUAACAUAUGCAUUGGACAAAUCAAGAGUAACUGAAGUGCCACAAGACGAAAGAAGUUAUCACGUAUUCUAUUACUUGUUAGCUGGUGCCAAUGUUGAAGAGAAAUCACAACUUCAUCUUCAAGAUCCCCACCAUUACUCUUAUUUAUCUCAAUCGAAAUGUUUUCAUAUUUCAGAUGUCGACGAUACUAUUAGAAUGGAUGAUUUACGCGCUUCUUUGAAAGCUUUGGGUUUUAAAAGUAAAACUGUAUCUCAAAUUUGGCAGCUCUUGUCUGCCAUUUUGUUGCUGGGCAACAUUGAAUUCGUAAAUCCGGGCAGGAAUGCUCGCGAUGAAGCCGCUUCUAUCAAAAAUCAUCAUGUUUUGGAUUUGGUUGCUGAACAAUUGGGUGUUCCUUCAUCUAAAUUAGAACAAACUUUAACAUACAAAACUAAAUAUCUUCGUAAAGAACUGUGCACAGUAUUUUUAAAUGCCGAAGCUGCAACUGAACAGAGAGACUCACUUGCACGCGCUUUAUACUCUAUAUUAUUCACUUGGAUCGUGGAACAUAUUAACUCUAAACUUUGUAAUUCAGAUGAACCCCCAAAUUUCAUUGGACUUUUAGAUCAACCUGGCUAUCAAAAUUUCACAAAAAACUCUUUUGAACAAUUCUGUCUUAAUGUAGCCUCCGAAGAAAUUGAAAAUUUUGUGUUAAAGAAUAUAUUUGAUGAUUCAAUUGGAGACAAUGCUGAGGUAAAUCGCGAUGGGGUUUCUUUACCUCGAGUUCUGACCAUGGAUAACAGCGGAUGUGUAGAACUUCUACGAGGAGACAACUUUAUCACUUCCACCAAAUCAGAAUCCAAAAAAACUGGCUUAGUAUCAAUUCUUGAUCAAGAAUCUUCAAGUACACAAAAUGGCGAUGACACAAAAUUGCUUUCGACCUUACAAGCAACAUUUGGCUCUCAUCCAUCAUAUGUUGCAAAUCCUCCGAGCUCAAAAUUUUCUAAAGCAGGAUCUUUUGGAAUUAAUCAUUUCGCUGGGCAAGUCAAUUAUUCAAUCGACAACUUUAUUGACAAAAAUCUGGAUAAUUUAUCGACCGAUUUUGUCAAUCUUUUCCGUGACACUAAUAAUCCAUUCGUCAGUAAAUUAUUUUCGGGCCCUGCUUUGGCAAUUAAAAAUCACCCAAAAAACGAAAAAACUAUUGUUAUGGCUCAAUUACCCACAAAACCAAUGCGUGCUCCGAGUAUGAAAAAGAAAAAGACUGGACAAGAAAUUGGUCGCGCUACUCCUGCUGAAGAAGAAAAACAAUCUGGAAGUGGUAAAAAGAAACAUUCUGUCGAAGUUUCAACUGUAAUCACUCAACUCUACGGUACCUUGAAUCAAUUAAUUGAGACGAUGAACGAAACUCGAAUGUGGAAUAUUAUUCAGAUUCGUCCGAAUGAUAAUCAUGAACCAAAUUCAUUUGAUAAUAAACGUGUUAAAGCACAAAUUCGUAGUUUCCUCAUACCAGAUAUUGUGAACCGUAAAAGAGUCGAUUAUACUGUUCAUUACCUUUAUGCGGAUUUCAUUGCUCGUUACGAAUCAAUCAUUCCAUUGAAUUCUUCGCCCAAUGAUCGACAAAAAGUGGAAGCUUUUGUGACAUCUAGUGGAUGGGGUGUAAGUGACAUUGCUCUUGGUAGACAAAAUAUUUUCCUUUCAGAUCUAAUAUGGAAAGAAUUAGAAGAUAAACUAAGAGCAGCUGAAAAAGAAGAGCGAGCUAAAGCAAAGCAAAUGAAAGAUGACGAAAGUUUAGCCAGUGGUUUUAAUGGUGGAGCUGAACGUCCUCGAGGUCUAGCUGCUGCUAGUGCGGCAAGUUCAAUGGAUCGAUUAAUUCCUACUCAGCGACUUGCUUAUGGUAGUGAUUUCAACGAUGAUCAAAGUUAUGCAGGAAGUGAAGAUGAAUAUUAUUCAAGGAGUGGAGGCAAUGUAUAUAACGAGGAGGAAGAAACUAGCAUGUGGGGUAGUCAGUGGGGUGGUAACAGCGGUGAUGGAGUAUCACGUGGUGGAGAUUUAAAGCAAGUGGAUGAAAAGGGUGUUGCGGAUAACGAAGACAUAGAAGAAAUUCCCAUCACAAAAACGCGUAUCUGGUGGGUUCGAUUUGUCUGGCUUAUGACCUGGUGGAUUCCUUCAUUUUGUCUAUCGUGGAUCGGUGGAAUGAAACGUCCUGAUGUACGAAUGGCUUGGCGUGAAAAAUUAGUUCUUUGCAUGUUAAUCUUUCUAUUAUCGGCAAUAAUUAUCUUUUAUAUUAUUGCUUUUGGAAAAAUCAUUUGCCCUGGUGAUGAUAAAGUUUACAAUGAACGGGAAGUUAGUUUUCACACUGGCGACAAUGACUUUUGGGUUAGUUUGCGAGGAAAAAUUUAUGAUAUUAGUGAUUUCUGGCAAUUGGAUCAUUCAGAUAUCUCUGGUCGUCCCGCCGCAGAUCAACAAAUGCAAGAUUUUGCUGGUACUGACGUCACGCCAUUUUUCCCGAUUCCUAUCUCGGAAGCUUGUCAAGGACUUAACUUGAAUGACAAAGACAAUAUCAUCAAAUUGCAGGUCAAUUCAACCAAUGCAUCUCCAUUUGGUUUCAAACAUGAAUAUCCUAGUCGUAUUUAUCCAACAUCAAAAUUGGCUAAGGCCGAUUGGUAUACUGGACUUUUUAUUCCGCGUAUGAAGCGUUUCUAUAAGGGAGAUCUCGUUUGGGAUAAAAACGACAUCGCUGAUCAAGCUAAAACUCAAAAUCGUAAAUGGGCAAUAAUCAACAAAAGAGUCUACGAUUUAUCCGAUUAUUUCAGUACUCAAAAAUCCAACCAGCAACAAAAUCGACCAGAAGGAAAUGCACCAAUCCCAAUCCCAAAUUAUCAUUAUUUAGAUAACGACGUGGAAACACUCUUUAAUAGUCUUCCUGGUCAAGAUAUUUCUAGCUAUUGGAGUCACAUUGAUCCCACCACCCGAGCAUAUAACCUGGCUUGUAUGGAAAAUCUUUUCUAUGUUGGUCGAAUUGAUUUCCGCAAAACAUUUAGAUGUCAAUUCAAUAAUUACAUUCUUUUGGCCGUUUCUGUGAUUCUUAUGAGUGUCGUAUUAAUUAAAUUCUUGGCUGCAUUGCAAUUGGGCGCAAGAAGAAAACCCGAAGAUCAUGAUAAAUUUGUCAUUUGUCAAGUACCUUGUUAUACUGAGGGUGAAGAUUCUCUUAAACGGACAAUGGAUUCUUUGGCUGCUCUUGUUUACGACGAUAAACGCAAAUUACUUUUCUUAAUUGCCGAUGGUAUGAUUAUUGGUUCUGGUAACGAUAGACCAACUCCUCGAAUUGUGCUUGACAUUCUCGGAGUUGAUCCAAAGAUGGACCCGGAACCUUUAGCAUUCAAAUCGGUCGGUGAAGGAUCAGCACAAUUAAAUUACGGUAAAGUUUACUCUGGUCUAUAUGAAUAUGAAGGUCAUGUAGUACCGUAUAUAGUAGUGGUAAAAGUGGGCAAGCCAUCUGAAGUAAGUCGACCUGGUAAUCGUGGUAAACGUGACUCGCAAAUUAUUUUGAUGGGAUUUUUGAAUAAGGUUCAUUUCGACUUGGAAAUGACUCCACUCGAAUUAGAGAUUUAUCACCAAAUGAAGAAUGUCAUUGGCGUUAAUCCGACUUUCUAUGAAUAUAUUUUGAUGGUGGACGCUGAUACUGAAGUAUUACCCGAUUCACUUAAUCGUAUGGUAUCUUGUAUGCUUCACGACGGUCGUAUCAUCGGUAUUUGUGGUGAGACGACGCUUACGGACGAGGAAGGAUCAUGGACUACUAUGAUCCAAGUUUAUGAAUAUUAUAUUUCUCAUCAUUUGGCCAAAGCUUUUGAAUCAUUAUUCGGCUCAGUCACCUGUUUACCUGGUUGUUUCUGUAUGUAUCGCAUUCGUACACCCACCAAAGGAACACCUUUGAUUAUUUCUAAAACAGUUAUUGACGAUUAUUCGGAAAAUCACGUGGAUACUCUUCAUAAAAAGAAUUUAUUAUCACUCGGUGAAGAUCGAUAUCUCACAACCUUAAUGAUGAAACAUUUCUCACAGUAUAAAAUGACUUUCACCCCAGAUGCUCAAUGUAGAACUGCUGCCCCUGAUCGAUGGGGAAUUCUUUUGUCACAACGUCGUCGAUGGAUUAAUUCUACUAUUCAUAAUUUAAUGGAAUUGAUGUUUUUGCCGGAAAUGUGUGGUUUCUGUUGUUUCUCGAUGAGAUUCGUGGUCUUUAUCGAUCUUUUCGGUACUUUGAUUCUUCCAUCAACGGUUAUCUAUAUUAUUUAUCUCAUUUACGCUGUCGCCACCAAGAAACAAACUUUACCGAUUAUCGCAUUAGCAAUGAUAGCAGCUGUGUAUGGUCUUCAGGCGAUUAUUUUCAUAUUGAAACGUCAAUGGCAACAUAUCGGCUGGAUGAUCAUUUAUUUGCUAGCUUUUCCGCUUUUCUCCUUCUUUAUUCCGAUCUAUGCAUUCUGGCAUUUUGACGAUUUCAGUUGGGGUAACACCCGUAUGGUGGUCGGCGAAAAAGGCAAGAAACAAAUUAUUAAUAAAGAAGAGGAGAAAUUCGACGAAAAGAUGAUUCCAAAAAAGAAAUGGGCUGACUAUGAACAAGAAAUGUGGGAAGUAGGAACCACUGGGUCUCAUGAAUCACGAAGGAGUGCCGCCUCAUAUCAUAGUAGUCAACAUAAUUACGAGACAGGUAGUCAAUACGGCAGUCAAUAUGGUGGAAGUCAGUAUGGUGGCGGCGAUUAUUAUCGUGAUACAAAUCUUGCAGUUACUCAUGGACGACGUAAUAGAUCACAUUCACCUGUUCCAAAAUAUUCUACUUCGGAUUAUCGUGCUUCACGAGCGUAUAGUAAUGUUGGAGGUGAUCAUGUCUCGGAACCACGAAGCUCGAUGCUCCUUUCUCGUGAUCUGGAAACAGUGGCUUCAAGACCUAUAAGCUCGUAUUCUUCACCAGCUGAUGGUCCAACCGAUGAAGAAAUAUUGAUGGAGAUUAGAAAUAUCUUGGCUAACGCAAAUCUAAUGAACAUCACAAAGAAACAAGUGCGCGAACAAUUAACCGAGGUAUUUGGUGUUGAUAUGACUUCGCGAAAAGAAUUCAUCAACAAUAGCAUUGAAUUAACCCUUCAGGGUAAAUUAUAA